AAACAAGCCUGUCCAUUGUCAUGGCCACCACCGCAAUACAUCCCCUCCCUUCUCAGGUGGGACUUUCUCCACAGGGAACAGAGAACCGUCAUUUCUACCCACUUCUUUCAUCUCUUCUCUCCUCCCACUCUCUCUCUCUCUCUCUCUCAAUUGUAAACCUGCUGCUGUUGAGCCAGAAUGAUAGAGGCAGACGUAUAAAAAAAAAAAAAAAAGACUAGUUGGUGUUUUUGUAUUUUCAGCCCUGUUUUCAGAAAUUCUAAGCUCCAGCACAGCCUCCUGGGAGCUUACAUUCUCUUCGAGUCUUUGGUAAAGGAACAUCAAACCCUGUGAAGAUGGGUUGCUUUGGAUUUUUGAAAACUAUGAUGUUUCUUUUCAAUGGCAUCAUCUUCCUGGCCGGAAUAGGUAUCUUGGCUGUAGGUAUCUGGGUGAAGGUAGAUAAUAACUCCAUCAUGGAUCUUCUGCAAAGCCUGCCUGGGGUGCCGCCUGCACUGCAGCAGGUUCUGAAUGUUAGCUACCUGCUGAUUGCUGUGGGUGGUCUGCUGUUGCUGCUCGGCUUUCUGGGCUGCUGUGGUGCGGUUCGUGAGAGCAGGUGCAUGCUGCUUCUGUUCUUUGUCAUUAUCCUGAUAGUCUUCAUUGCUGAGGUCGUUGGAGCAAUUGUGAUUGCGGCCUUUAAGGGACUGCUACACACUCUGAUAAGUCAAGUGGGAGUCACUAUAGUGGAUGGCAUUCAGAAAGGUUACGGCACUAAUAAAGAGGUCACGCAGGCGUGGAACACCACUAUGGGCUUGCUGAAGUGCUGUGGAUUCAACAACUAUUCAGAUUUCACAGACUCCCCUUUCGUCAAAAACAACGCUCUGUAUCCAAACCAGUGCUGUCAUCCGUCUCAACACUGUAACUCCAGCAUGGCUACAGCUGCGAAUGUUAAAGGAUGUUACCCUGCAGUGAUAAAACUUUUUGACUCAAAUGUAGUUGUCAUCAUAGCUGUGGCCUUGGGCAUCGCAGCACUUGAGCUCUGCGCUAUGGCUGUCUCCAUGACCUUGUAUUGCCAAAUAAAAUCUACACAAGCCUGAAACCUGACCAAAAGAACAUCCCAACAUCUCAAAUUUACAAAUGCAUAUUUACUGAAAGCAAUUUUAAAAUAAAUGAAUAGAUUUCCAGAUUUUUUUAUUAAAUGUUUUUAAUAUAUGAAUACUUAAUAUAUGCACAAUAGCAUGUUUAUAUUCUUUAAAUGAUCAGGCCAAAAAAAAAAAAUGUGUUUCCGGUAUACCCGACCGACCCUAAUCCGUACCGCCCAACCCUAAACUUUUUUUUUUUCUCGUUUUUUUCCCAGUCGCGACUUUUACAUAUAACCCAACCGCGUGAACCGGAAGUUUUUGUCACUCACUGGGAAAAUCAGGGCUUUCCACAAGCGCCGGCUGCCGGCCAUACAGCCGACUACACAAUUAAGUCCAGCCGGCUACUUUAAUGACUUAUUUUUGUAGCCCACAGGCUCUAAAUAUUAAUUUUCGAUUUUAAUAAAAUUAAAUGUUUAUCUAACGGACUGACAAUAAUGUCAAACUGAACCGCACAUGCGGUGUGUGCGCGCGCACUCGGCGGAGGCAGUAGUGUGUCGGGGCCGUCGGAGGGAACAGAAGCAGAGAUAACGCUUAUUUUGUCUUUCACCUAGAGACAUGAUUCAAACUUUAAAACCGAGACAAAAUUCUCCUGUGUGGAUCUGGCAUUCAACUUUUUUGCUAGGUUCUAUACUUUUUGAUCAGUCACAGAUCAAACACCAUGAGCAAAUCUGGAGAAAUUCAGACUUUAUAAUGGGUGUCUAUUGCGUUACACACCAGUGGAGUUUAGAGUGUAGGCAGCUUGGGAAAAAAAAAGCUCUAACUUUCUCAUUUAAACUGUUUUCUCAGCCACAAUUUUCACUCUACACACACAACUUUCUCAAAAGUUGUAGUCACACAUUGUGUGAAUCAAGACAAGUGUCUCCCUGAGCGAUAGGAUUUACAGUUUUUGAAUGAGAAGCCUGAAAGUAAGGAGAGGACAGCCGCACUCUCCCAUAGACUCGCAUUAUAAACGUGGCAGCGCUUUUACUGCAAAAUCAGAAAAGUCACUUGUUUUUAACUCGCUCUAGUAUCCACAUUUUUUACACUAGGGACAAAAAAAUUACAUUUGUGUGUUCAUGGGAGCCUUGUAGCGCUCAAUGUGAAAGAAUUUUGUGAAUAGCUCCUUUCGUUUCCGUGUAAAUCAGCGUUGUUCGAGGAGAGGGAACUAUGAGAAAAAGCGCUCUUUGCUUGUUAUAUUGUGUCUUUUCCCUGCACCGUUACCAAGGCGACGAGCUGCACUCAGGGAGCAGAGAGGGGCGGGGCUGCUCUCUCUCUCUCUCUCUCUCUCAUGGUGUAUUGAGCUGUUAUAUUUACAGAAAAAUUCAUGUUAAAAGGUGUCUCAUGCUGCAUCAGAUUCAUCAAAAGGUGGUAACUCAGGUGACCUGCAAAGAAAUUCAUUAUAUUUUGUGAAAUUAUUCCUGUCUAAAUAUAGGUUAUGGCAGCCAUCUUGAAAAAAAAAUUCAAAAAAAAAAAGCCUGCCUACCGACCCUAGUUUUGAAAUCUACGUAACUGGAAACACACUUUUUUUUUUUUUGGCCUCAUGAUUAACACUUAAUUUUCUUGUUGAUUUCAGAAAUGUGAUUUUCAAAUAAUUCAGUGUCUACCAGCAUUAUGUUAUAGAUGACAUUAAAUUUUUAAAUGCCUUUUGAGCCAAUUUUGCAGUUAAGGUAUCUGUAAUGAAUAUUAUAUGAAUGAUAUUUUGCACCUUAAACUGUUCCGUGUAAAUAAAUAGCAAAUAAAAGAACUAAUCUAUCAAUCUUUCAAAUAAAGUGAAUUUGGGGUAUGCUAAUAUAGAAUGUACAGAACAUUUUAUGUGUCAAUAUGAAAUUG